UUGAAUUCGUCGUCAGUCAUCUCCUUCGACCCCCGUAUCCUCGUCGGAAUCGAGACGACCGAUGAAGUUGUUGAGGACGAAGCCGGCCAUGGAUACGCUAUCGGGAGCCUGCGCAUCGCGGAAAUGAUGGAUGAGAAGACGGAAGCGCGGAGGAGGCAGUGUGCGACCACCCUUGAUGAGAUAGAGAUGGAGCUUGAUGCUCACGGCUCAUGGUAUAGCAAGUUGCUAAAAAGAUCGGCGAGGGAGACAACAGCCAUCUCCGGUGACGGGCUGCGGAUGCUCGGCGACUCAAUUCGUGGCGGCAGACGGCGGCUGAUGGUUGUAUGCCGCGACUGUUCGCGACGGCAGUCAUCUCCGGUGACGGGCGGCGGAUGUACAACCGGAGUCUCCUGCGUUGCGCUUGGCGGCUGGUGGCGGAGGCACAACUGA